CCGAGGGGGACGGGGAGAAACCCCGACGGGACCGGGCCUGGGGAGGUUCCUGGGGGGUCUCCGGUGUUUUUGUGUGCGGAGGGGGAUUUUCUGUGAGGGACAUCCCAAGCAGUUAACGUUCCGUUUUGUUUCAGGGUAUAUGAAGAAGGGAGGAAAAGCAUCCCUGAAAACCCGCAUCUCUUUGAGAACGACGUAGAGAUUUGUUUGAUUGGUCGUGGUUGCAAAAGUCCCAUUGAAAGAUUUUGGAAUGGAAGUAGUGUGGUGUAUAUUUUGCAAAAAGCAACUCAUCUGUGCAUUUCUUUUAAAGGACCACAAUGAGGGAGGCGACCCAAUGGAAGAAUCAAAAUCAGAUGAUGCUCUUUAUGCCUCUGAGCCUCAGAGUGCUGGACCAGUCGCUCUUUCUGUUCGAAGGGCAAAGCAGUUGAUUUCCUUAUAUACAAUGGCACAAAAUCCUAACAUGACCCAUUUGAAGACAAGUGAACUGGUUGUGCUUCCUCCCCUCUGGAUAAGGUGUGAUGGCUCUGAUCCGGAGUGUACUUGUUGGCUGGGAGCUGAGCCUCUCAAAGCUGGAAACAAAAUCACAGGGAUCAACAUUUAUAUGGUUGCAUGUAACGGUCCUACAGCUGAUAAAACCUGUUUUCCAAACCUAGAGGAACUCAAAAUGGCACAUACAGUCAAACACCAUGCAUCUAUUGUGACGACAAAAGGCUUUGCUCAGUAUGAACUUAUAAGAGCUGCUGCAAUAGAGGACACAAUUGUAGAAUCGGAAAGCAACAUAUGUAUUGAUAUUACGUGGAAUACUGUAGAUAAGAUUCUGCAGCCACCCCCACUUACUGCAGCUGCCACACUGAAUAUUUCAUUGGAGUCUGGGGACCCCAGGAGUCCUGUAUACCUGCUGUAUAGAGAACUGCAGUUUCUCCUUACUUUGGCUGAAGGUUUGAAGACAGGUGUGACUGAAUGGCCUGAGUCCUUAGAGUCCAAAUCAGCUUUUGACCUGGUCCAAGGAUUUCUGACUGAUUUAAAGAAGAAACUGGAUGGAUAUUGUGUAUCAGGAAAUGAGAAUGAAACAGAGAAUAUCAAAUCUGACACUGCUGCAGUGGAUAGUUCAAUAAAAUCAAUCUUCAGUGAACGAGGAGACCUGGAUUUUGCUGAACAAUUAUGGUGCAAAAUGAGAAGUGUCAGUUCCUAUCAGGAGUUGGUAGAGUGUUUCACAUUGAUCAUAAAAUCCCUGAAACAUGGUGAAAUACAGCCAUGGAUUCACCAAGGGAGUAGCAGUUUGCUAAGUAAAUUGAUUCAGCAGUCUUACCAUGGCAAGAUAGAGGCCGUUUCCCUCAGUGGCAUCACUCCAGUUCAAAUGCUCCUGGAGAUUGGUUUGGAUAAGAUGAAGAAGGAUUACGUCAGCUUUUUCAUAGGCCAGGAACUUGCAACAUUAACCUAUUUGGAUUACUUCAUUUCCACAUCAGUAGAUCUACAAGAACAAGUUCAUCGUGUUCAAAAGCUUCACCAUAUGCUGGAAAUAAUGGUCAGCUGUACAGUCUUACUUCAGUUUAAACAUGAGAACCUCUUCCCUUUGACACAAACUUGUCUGAAAUAUUAUAAGGAAAACCCUCUAAAUGAGAAGCAUGUGUUUCAACUGCCAAUCAGGCCGGCUCUCGUCAAGAAGUUCUAUCAAAAUGAUCACCCAGAAAUAUGGAAGGUGGACAUAAGUAGUGGGCAUGGCCAAAAGGAGCUUAAAACAACAUGGCAAGUUAGUACUAGUCCUCCUGUUGAACAUAUGAUAUCAAACAACACAGGUCUCUUGUGCGAUUCUACGGUUAAUGGAAGCACUGAAGAAAGAAUGUAUUUUAUUACAAUGACUAAUUGCAGUCAGGUGCAUUUCACAUAAAUAGAUGUUACUCUCCAGGCAGGCACUGGAAAGGUACAGUAAAGGGGAAAGUUCAGUACAUUUAGCAACAUUCUCUGAUUUGAAGAACAAUACAUCUUACUGAGUUACUUGCUUUAGUAUGCUUGUGUGACAUCAGCAGCCAUAAUUCAUCUGUACCCGUCUAGUUUGUAAAUAUUGUGCAGUUACGAAUGUACAGGACAGUUACUUUGAAAAUACCGUAGAUAUUUUGGUUCAUACAUUUACAAGCAUUCAAUAAAGUUCUACACUUUGGGAUUUAAAAUUUUAUUUAUUUUUUUACAAAACAAGCAAUAUUGUCACAUUUUUCUGGUACCAAGCGAUAUUUCAUCCUUGCAAUAUAUUUGGAGAGCUGUUCAUCAAGGGCAUUAUGAACUUCUGACAGCUUGGCUCUCCUCAUCCCUGUGUUUAUACUUUGGAGUAAUCUUGGAGAUACUUAUUUCUGCUGCCCAUAGUCAGUUUUGCCCUUAAUGCAGAGUGAAUUACUUUAGAUGGGGUCAUAUAUACUUUUAUAUUACUUUCUUCAGAAAUAUUCAGUAUAGCUGAUAAAGCAUAAUGACUCCAAUGCAUCGGGAUUAAUUACUGACAGUUGGAUAUGGUCGUACAUUAAUAAGAUACUGUAUGUACCCUUUUGGUAGUACAACUAAAUUAUAUCGUAUAUGCUGAUUAAUUUGAGAGGGAAGUAUUUGCUUCAAAAACUCUUAACUAUUGAUAAGAAAAACCUUCUUAUUCAUGCAUUUAAAAACUGAAGCAUCUACCAUUUCUCCUUUCUCCUUAG